GUAGGCCGGGCCAGGGGUGCUCAGGGCAGGGCCUGUGUCGCCCAGGCAGCUCGGCUGGUAUGGAUGUGUUCCAGAAGGUGGAGAAGAUUGGUGAGGGCACUUAUGGGGUGGUGUACAAGGCCAGGAACAAGCAGACAGGGCAGCUGGUGGCCCUGAAGAAGAUCCGCCUGGACUCGGAGACCGAGGGCGUCCCAAGCACCGCCAUUCGGGAGAUCUCCCUUCUCAAAGAGCUUAAGCACCCCAACAUUGUCAGCAGGCUGCUAGAUGUGGUGCACAGCGAGAAAAAGCUGUACCUGGUGUUUGAGUUCCUCAGCCAGGACCUGAAGAAAUAUAUGGACUCGGCUGCGGCCACGGAGCUUCCUCUGCACCUGGUCAAGAGCUACCUCUUCCAGCUGCUGCAGGGGGUGAACUUCUGCCACUCCCACCGCGUCAUCCACCGGGACCUGAAGCCCCAGAACCUCCUCAUCAACGAGCUGGGGGCCAUCAAGCUGGCCGACUUCGGGCUGGCCCGGGCCUUCGGGGUGCCCCUGCGCACCUACACCCACGAGGUGGUGACCCUCUGGUAUCGCGCCCCUGAGAUCCUCCUGGGCUGCAAGUUCUACUCCACGGCCGUGGAUGUCUGGAGCAUCGGGUGCAUCUUUGCAGAGAUGGUGACGCGCAGGGCCCUGUUUCCUGGUGACUCUGAAAUCGACCAGCUGUUCCGGAUUUUUCGGACCCUGGGCACACCCAGCGAGGCCAUGUGGCCGGGGGUCACCCAGCUGCCAGACUACAAGGGCAGCUUCCCCAAGUGGACCAGGAAGUCGAUAGAGGAGAUUGUCCCCGCCCUUGACCCAGAGGGCAAGGACCUGCUCAUGCAGUUGCUACAAUAUGACCCAAACAGGCGCAUCUCAGCCAAGGCAGCUCUAACCCACCACUAUUUCUCCUCUUGCAAGUCAUGCUCGGCCCCACGUCAGUGCAUGUUGGAGCAUUUUUGCCGGUGAAGGGGACGGGCAUCCAGCUUCUGCCCUCAUCCCCCUCCUUCUCAGGCCCAGUACCCAAAGUCCCUUCUGCAGCUGCAGCUCUAGCCAUCUGUCUCUAAUGCUGGAGGGGAAUUAGAGGCAGGAUGGAUUUUGUGUCUGGGUUCAGCUGUGGUCUGGGGACCAUGAAGGGCUAGGUUUGGACCAGUCCUUCUCCCAGGUUAGUGAGAGUUCCCAUGUUCUUUGUUGGGUUUGAUGGCGCCACUUCAGAGUGGAGGGCACAGUUGCCUCAGAAGGGAGAGGUAAGAGAGCAGCUCCCUUGUACCCAGGAACACUGGUGGGAGGUGCUCAGAGGAAGAGGGCCAUUUUUAUUUUAUCCACUUUGCUUUUCUCUUUAGGAAUUAACCUCUUGACUUCACAGAUGUAGCCCAAACUUUACCUUCAAGUCAAGAAUUCCAAGGUAGAAAGGAUUUUGCUCCUGCACCCCAUGUCCAGCCCCCUGCUGUUCUUUUGGGGUUUAAACUGUUUAGGAAGGAGUUGAAUUCCAUUUAGAAGAGGUAGAAGAGAGGGGAAUUUUUCCAUACAUGGUCAGUGGCAAGUAUGUGAGUUGGGUGUGUUUUCAGCAGUUAACUGUUUAUCCAUAAUGGAAUUGCAUUCAUUUGGUCCUGGAUUUCAGAAUAAGAAAUAAAAAUGACAUUUCUGAUCUA